AUGCCGAUACCAGCCAUUCCAAGUCCUGGCGACACCGAGUCCAAUUUCGAGUCAAACAACCACCCGGGCGAUGUUCGCAGCAUCGCCAUCGAAGUGACGCCUCAUGCCAACCUGCACGAGGUGGAAGAUGUGCAGAAGAUGGACUUCGUCAGCUCCAAAGGCAGUUCGACGCCGAGAUCCAAAGGAUGUUCGGGGAUUACGGCGCGCCUGGGGACCAUCGAGAAGCAGCUUGGGCUGUCCAACGCGCAUGAUGCGAAGCUUGAUUCGAAUCAUCCCACCCGCUCUGGGUCUGCAGUCACCAGUCGGGAGUCCGUGGGGUCAGUGGCAUCAGUGGGGUCAGUCGGGACGACGCGGACUGAGGGUAGGACCACACCAGUAACGUUCGAGGAAAGUGCUUGGAACAUCCCUCUUGUCCUCGGUUUGGCGGAUGUCGGGUGGUUCGACACCGUUUUUGCCGUGCUGCUUGUGCUUCUGAACCUGGUGAUGCAGGGCUCUUUCUCGGUUAUUCUGCUGUCCGAAUACUUCAUGGGUGAACCCUUCGACACCAAGGUGCAGAGCGCAAAGGAUUGGCGCACAAGUAUAGCGCAUGAUUCCCGCUACUUGGAUUUGGCUGGAACAAGUCUGGUCUCUCGCGUCUGCGCUGGCGACGGAUCUCUCAUCUUGUCCACGGUGCAGGCUACCCUCAUCGAGCACAUCAACGAUUUUCUGGGUUUACAGCCAGAAGAAUUUGCAAUGAACGUGUGGCAGCCAGGGACUCUCUUGUGCAUGCUCUGCAUCCUGCUUUGGAGCUUGUGCGUCUACAAGGAGUUCAGAAAGAUUUGGCAUGCUCUGGAGGCGGCUACGCACAUUGCCAAGGCAAGUGAAACGGACUUCCGUGACAACACCAUCUUCACGCUUUCCUGGGGUCGUGCCCUUGCGCUGCUGAUCACCUAUAUCAUCCGUUUGGGCAUUGCCUCAGUACUGCUUGUUGCUGGCAUUCUCUGGCUUGCGCGGACAACGUCCAUCGAAGAGCUCAUGCUCAACGCGGUUGCCUUGAAUGCCAUUCUGGAUGUGGAUGAAUUCCUGUUUGCAGGCAUGACGCCCAUAAAGAUCCAGCACGCUAUACAGGAUCUAGAGCCGAUCAAAGUCAGCUACAGCCACCGGCGCAGCCAGACUGAGUCAAUGUUUCAACUCAUUGCAGUAACAGUUACUGCGCUCACUGCAUACAUGUUUCUGCUCGUGCCGCUUGGUGACACCAUGCUGACGGUCAAGCGCGAGCUCUGUGAUGGCCAGAGAGACUUUGUAGUCUCCUACAGCACAGACACUCAGAUAUCUUAUGGCCUGACCACACAGGAUCUUGAGGCUGUGCGCGGUAGCUACGACAUGUCGCCCAUCGAGCGCGCCGUCAUGGCCCACAAGGGUACUCCAUCGAGCUUAUUGAAGGAUUAUCCCAGGACGAUCUACUUCUUGCCCGAUAAACGGGCCUUCAAUGCGGAAAUUGAUCGUACACUGCUUGAGUUUGGGAUGCAGUGGUCUUUCUGUAUGGAGGUUGCGAUUUUGCAGGAGACAGGACGGUUUCAUGGGGACCGUGCGCUGAUGCCCAUAAUGGAAAAUUUCUUGCGAAACGCAGCCACAGCGCUUGGGCGUCUGGAUGCAAGAACCUGUGGACAGCUGGCCGACUUGUGCGGCCGUCCAGAUGCCCGACUGUUGAGAACUAUCUGCGGCGAUACGUGCGCAUGCACGAGCCCAGUGAGCAAUCCUUGGUACAAGGUAGAGGAGCAGGGGUGUGCCAAGCCCUGCCUGGAAUUUGCAGAACGCACGCUCGAAAAUAGGAGCUGCCAAGACGUUCCUGCAAAUGAUGAAGCAUGGCGAGAUUUCUGGAAUCAUUAUGCAGAUGCCCUCGUCGGAUUUUAUGGGCAGGGUGUGACACAGACAGCCUUGUAUGCCAAAGUGGCUUGCCAAGCUACUGCCCAGCCAGCUGCGCCGGCAACGGCAACAUCACUGCUCUUUGAGCCGCAGGACGUGCAAGUGGUUUUCCGCCAAUGCGAGAAGCUCAAGAUCUCAAUGAGGCUUUGUUUCACCAACUGCAUGGUGGUCUCCAGAGCCUCAAAGAGGCCGGAUGCGGAUUUCCAAAAGUUAUCGUUCAUCGUUCCAAUGAGCGAUGAGGACUUGUACGUGCAGAUGCAAGAGCAGCACCAGCUGAGAGCAGACGAAAAGAAAGGAUGGGGGGACUUCGACACUGAGUCGAACUUUGAGUCUAACUUGGAUCCGGUAGAAGAUGAACUGCGCCAGCUUCAGCGACAGUUCGACGCCGAGAUCCUAAGGAUUACGGCGCGCUUGGGGACUAUCGAGAAGCAGCUUGGGCUGUCCAAUGCGCAUGAUGCGAAGCCCGAGGAGUUAAACCAUCCCACACGCUCUGGGUCUGCAGUCACCGGUCGGGAGUCCGUGGGGUCAGCUGGCACGACGCGGACUGAGGGAAGGACCACACCCGUAACAUUCGAGGAAAGUGCUUGGAACAUCCCUCUUGUCCUCGGUUUGGCGGAUGUCGGCUGGUUCGACACCGUUUUUGCCGUGUUGCUUGUGCUUCUGAACCUGGUGAUGCAGGGCUCCUUCUCGGUCAUUCUGCUGUCCGAGUCUAGGCUUUUCAGAGGUGUUUUUGGUUUUGCUUCCGGGCUCCCGUACGAAGACCAGGAGAUAACCAUCAGCCGAGGAAUACUUCAUGGGCGAACCCUUCGACACCAAGGUGCAGAGCGCAAAGGAUUGGCGCACAAGCACUUGGGACGCCAAGCAUUUUUCACGUUUGCUUUGGAAGCUCUUUCCCAGACUGAAACAGGUAUAGCACAUGAUGCCCGCUACUUGGAUUUGGCUGGAACAAGUCUGGUAUCUCGCGUCUGCGCUGGCGACGGAUCUCUGAUUUUGUCCACGGUGCAGGCCACCCUCAUCGAGCACAUCAACGAUUUUCUGGGCUUGCAGCCAGAAGAAUUUGCAAUGAACGUGUGGCAGCCGGGGACUCUCUUGUGCAUGCUCUGCAUCCUGCUGUGGAGCUUGUGCGUCUACAAGGCGAGUGAAACGGACUUCCGUGACAGCACCAUCUUCACCCUUUCCUGGGGUCGUGCCCUUGCGCUGCUUAUCACCUAUAUCAUCCGCGCGGGCAUCGCCUCAGUCUUGCUUGUUGCUGGCAUUCUCUGGCUUGCACGCACAACGUCCAUCGAAGAGCUCAUGCUCAACGCUGUCGCCUUGAAUGCCAUCCUGGAUGUGGAUGAAUUCCUCUUUGCAGGCAUGACGCCCAUUAAGAUCCAGCAUGCUAUACAAGACCUCGAGCCGAUCAAAGUCAGCUACAGCCACCGCCGCAGUCAGAUUGAGUCAAUGGUUCAACUCCUUGCAGUAAUGGCAACUGUGCUCACUGCAUACCUGUUCCUGCUCGUUCCCCUUGGUGACACCAUGCUGACGGUCAAGCGCGAGCUAUGUGAUGGUCAGAGAGAUUUUGUGGUCUCCUACAGCACGGAGACUCAAAUAUCUUUCGGCCUGGACACGCAGGAUCUUGAGGUUGUGCGCAGUACCUAUGACCUGUCACCCGUCGAGCGAGCUGUCAUGUCUCACAAAGGUACUCCCUCGAGUACCCCUAAUUUUGAGAAACCCCCACUUGCCAGCGAAGGUAUGGAGGUCAUGGUCUUAGAAGAGACAGGACAACUACAUCAGGACCCUGCGCUGCAGCCCAUCGUCGAAACAAUCUUACGGAAUGCAGCUACAGCACUUGGGCGCCCGACCGCUACAACCUGUGCAGAGCUGGCUGAUUUGUGCGGUCGUCCAGACGCUCGACUGUUGCGAAUUACAUGCGGAACCACCUGUGGAUGCACGAGCCCAGUGAGCAAUCCUUGGUACAAGGUUGAGGAGCAGGGGUGUGCCAGGCCCUGUUUGGAAUGGGCUGAGCUCGCGCUUCCAAACGUUAGCUGCCAAGAUGUUCCUGCUAGUGACCAAGCAUGGCGAGAUUUCUGGAACCAUUAUGCAGAUGCCCUCAUAGGAUUUUACGGGCAGGGUGUGACACAGACAGCGUUCUUUUUCGGCGUGGCGGACACCGUCCGUGGCUUUCUGACUUUUGGUUGUCCCUUCAUGGAUACCGUUCCCACGGAGCUUCUGACGAACUCUCCGUGGUGCACCGGCCGGCCCGACCUAUUUCGUCCACUUGCAUCUUUGUGUCCCGUCCAGUGCGGCUGUCGAAACGACUCUCCGACGACGCUGGCGAACGGAUUGCCAAGCUAUUGCCCAGCCAGCUGCGCCGGCAACAGCAGCAGCACUCUCCUCUGA